GUGACCCCACCGCCGCCGCCGCCGUGCUCGGCCGGCGACUUGCUCCGGAGCGACCUCACUGCUGCACCUCGGCCUCGCUGCGGCGAGGUCCUCUUCCUUCUCCUUCGUCGCGCUUCUGGAGAUCCGUCCUCGUGUCUGGUUUUGUUCUGGACAGGAAGGAAAGAAGGAAGAACAGAGGGUUGUGGCGUUUGUUGGAGUGUUGAAGGUGGUGAUUUUGUGGUGUGGUGUUGCAGUUUGGUUGGAGCUUGGAGGAGUUUAGAGGGAAGAGUUGACAAUGAGCAGCCGCAGCCCACCGCCGAAGGACCGUAGGAUGCGUACUGAACGCACCUCGUACCGUGACGCACCAUACAGGAGGGACAGCCGCCGUGGUCCGAGCAGGUUCCAUAAUGAUCUGUGUAACAAUUGUAAGCGUCCUGGGCAUUUUGCUAGAGAUUGCCCCAAUGUGGCUGUCUGCCAUGCCUGCGGGCUUCCCGGGCACAUUGCAGCUGAGUGUUCUUCCAAAGAUAUCUGCUGGAACUGCAAAGAGCCUGGCCACAUGGCUAACAGCUGCCCAAACGAAGGGAUAUGCCGGAACUGUGGCAAGUCCGGCCACAUUGCCAGAGACUGCACUGCUCCUCCUGUGCUGCCUGGAGAAGUGAUUCUUUGCAGCAACUGCUACAAACCAGGGCAUUUUCGUGAGGAAUGCACCAACGAGAAGGCCUGCAAUAACUGUAGGCAGAGUGGUCACAUUGCCCGUAACUGCACCAAUGACCCUGUUUGCAACCUAUGCAAUGUUGCUGGCCAUUUGGCCCGUCAGUGCCCCAAAGCUGAUACAAUCAAUGAGAGGGGUGGGCCUCCUCCCUUCCGUGGCGGUGGUGCUCCCUUCCAUGGAGGCAGUGGUCCAUUCCGUGGUGGGUACAUUGAUGUGGUCUGCCGGGGCUGCAACCAGGUUGGCCAUAUGAGCCGUGACUGCAUGGCUGGUGCCUUCAUGAUCUGCCACAACUGUGGUGGCCGUGGCCACAUGGCUUAUGAGUGCCCCUCUGUGAGUCUCAUGGACCGGUUCCCCCCGCGCCGUUACUGAAAGACUUCCAAGGGCGUGUUCAGAUGACUGUUCUUUUCAACCCUCUGCGUCAUGAAUACUGAUAUUCAUUUCCUUUAUAUUUCUGAACAAUAACAGAUUCUAGUUAUUUCAGCUUCAUAUGUUUGUCAGCGUUAGUUGUAAUUCUGGGAUCGGCUAUUUAACUGAUGUUCUGUUGAGGAUAAUAUUCCUAGAUGGAAUACUACUUGUUCUAGUGCUUAUGAAGUAAAAGUUGAUGACUCUUGUAAGUUUGAAUCUUAUUUCAAAUUUCGGAAAUUGGAGCCUGUGUCAAGCUCUAAAGUUUUA